AUGGCCUCGUCCCUCAGCGAAUCAAAUGCAAAAUUUGCCCUUCACUUUUACCAGAAGCUGAGCCAGGCCAAACCCUGUGGGAACCUCUUGUUUUCUCCUGCAAAUCUCACAAGUGCCCUGGGCCUUCUCCUUUAUGGAGCUAGGGGCAGCACAGCACACGAAAUAGAAAAGAAUGUUCUUGAGUGUGAAUGUGAGCAGCCUGAAGGUAACCAUACUGAAUUCCACAAAAUCCUGGCCAGCCUCAAUACAGCCACCACAAACUAUGACCUAAGCUUUGCCAGUCGUCUCUAUGGAGAUGACUCCAUCACUUACAACCAGGAAUUUGUGUUCUGUGCAAUGAAGCUGUAUCUGACACAAGUCAGCAAUGUUGACUUUCAAAAUGCUCCAGAAGAAUUCAGGAAGAUUAUAAACACAUGGGUUGAAGUCCAGACGCAUGGCAUCAUGAAGAAUCUCUUGCUCAAGAAAAACGUCACUUCUCUAACUCAACUGCUCCAUGUGAAUGCCCUCUACUUCAAAGGACAAUGGGAUGCGCAGUUUGACAAGCGGCUCACCAAAGAAAGUCCCUUUCAUGUGAACGAGAUGACCUAUAAUACCGUGGAUCUGAUGCAUCGCAAAGGCCAGUAUAGGACGGGCAACAUUGAAUUACGCGACAUGCGCGUUCAGGUGCUCGAAAUCCCCUACAAGGAUAACGAACUGAGUAUGUUCAUAUUCUUGCCAGAUGACUGCAGUUCAGAAUGCCUUCAACAGCUAGAGGAAGUGCUUACCUAUGAGAAGGUAGCAGAAUGUAUCUGUCAAGCACAACUUAAACUGGAAGAGGUCGAAGUGGCCAUUCCCAAAAUCAAGAUGGAGAAGGAAAUUCUAGCCUCCCAAAUUUUGGAAGUUCUCGCUGUGACUCAAGUGUUGGAUCCCAAGAUGGCCGACUUAACUGGAAUAACACUGACGGAAGACGUGGCAUUGAGUGAGAUUGUCCACUGCACUUCUCUGGAAAUCGACGAAGAGGGUGGUGAGGAGCCGCACUGCCUGAAAGACGGGGAUCCGAAUCACCCAGAGUGUGUGCAGUUUGUGGCUGACCACCCUUUCUUCUUCUUUGUGUUGCACAAUAGCACUGGCAGCAUCCUGCUCCUGGGCCGGUUUAUUAAACCUGAAAGGAAGUAUGGUUUCCAUUAA